AUGCUUGGUCGCGUUGCCAUCCCUCGUCUGCCAGACCAGUCUCCAUUAAAAAAGCCAAGUCGAGUUGCUCGUGCCUGCAAUGAAUGCCGAUCGCGUAAAGCCAAAUGUGAUGGACAUAGGCCAAAAUGUGGCCAGUGUGUCCGGGCAAAUACGGCAUCAUGUGUGUAUUCCGAGCCCAAAAGAGAUCGAGAAAAAGUCGAAUUGGAGUGGAUGAAGCAGAAGGUCGAUACAUACGAGAAACUGCUUUUGGAGAUAUCUCAACAGGUUGACACUCCUGUGGGAAAUAAGAUUAGUCAAGUUUUGCACUGGCAGCCUUCAACUGGGAGUCCUCAACCCAGGCCAGAUGAAAGGAGCUCCACCUAUGAAUUAUCGUCACCUUCUGUGAGAUCCUUGGAGACCUUUGAUGUUCUUGAUGAGGAUAUUAACCAAAGCAAAGAUAGCAGGGCUACAGGAUACCUUGGUAAAACGUCGGAGGUUUCUUGGAUGCGCAGUCUAGAGCAAGAAGUUCACGACAAUGAAAUGAGGAAUGAGAAAUUCCCAGAGUCCGCUUCAACAGCAUCGAUGAAUUAUCGCAUGGAGUCGUCCGAGUACCCAGGCUUAGAGACAGAUAAUAUUUACGCGCUACCAGCAAAGGGACCAGCAGAGCAAAUGCUGAGAUUUUUCAUGGAUAGCGCGCAGCCAUCUCUACCCGUCAUCCGUCAAGAUCUAUUCAUGGAUCAAUUCAACUCAUUCUACUUUGGAAAACCAAAGCACCCUGGUCGGAAGUGGUUGGCUUUAUUAAACGUCAUCUUCGCUAUUACGACGAGGCUAUUUCAACUGUCUGGCCAAGACGUGCGAUAUAAGGGUCACCAAUUCUUUUCUCGGGCGCAAACACUGAAUAUAUCGGAGAGCCUGGUGGAGGAUCAUGAAGAUUUGCAACAAGUGCAGCUCGAAGCGCUUGCGGCUUUCUAUCUAUUAGCUUCAUCGCACAUCAACAGAGCGUGGAAGAUGAUCGGCACAGCUGCUCGCUCCGGCAUCUCUUUGGGUCUACACUUACGAGUCGCGCAUAAAAAGUUGGAUACUCAAGCUAUUGAAGCUCGACACAAGCUUUGGUUGUCAAUUUUCAUACUGGAAAGCCGUCUUUCAGUAAUGACCGGGCGGACAUCCGUCUUAGGGAUUAGCGUCUUCUCUGUGCCUCCACCUCUUGCCUCAAGUGAGACAGAUCCUUUUGUGAGAGAUGCUUCCAAAGAGUCCGAAGACCGACCGGCUGAUAAACCCCAUAUGACGUGGACAAUGGACCGCCAACAAGAGAAGCUUCAAGCUCAACAAAAUUCACUGAGAACGAUGGAAGCUACGAGAGAGUUGUACUUUUUCUGUCUUGCUGAUUUGAUUAUCAUGUCACACGAUGCAUUUACCAAAGUGUAUAGUAUUGAUUUCUUGCAACAAGGAUGGGAGGAACUACAAAGCUGUAUUGAUCACAACGAUAGAAUGAUGGUCGACUGGCGUUCUGGUUUACCAGAUAGCUUAGGCUUCGAAGAGAUAGGCUCUGGCCCAAACCUUUCGACUCAAGACGCCUAUAGAGUUUCCCUCGCAAUGCAUUACCCUCACCAGACCAUGCAUCACUCGAAAACAGGGUACGGAGGACGAUCUCACAGGCCCCAUUUCUCGCGCCAGGAAAUACAGCGAAGCAACCUGUUUGAGCUCAGCUCUGGCCUUAAUCUCUGUCUUGCCAGAACAACCAAGUAG